AGAAAAUUGUGCAACUUAAUUCAACUAAUUCAUGCAAUUCUAAUCAUUUGCCAUAUGGCAGAUAUACAUUUGCGUCGACGAGGAGACCCGCCUCGCCAGUCGCUGCUGCUGUCAUGACCACUACAGUAUUAGUAUAAAUUGAGGCGCCAGUAAGAUAUGAGUUAGCCCAGUGUCCGGGACAACAUUCCGUACUUGGCUUGCGCGCUUCUUUCAAGCCUUAGUCUACAUUCGUUGGCCAAUAAAGUGGAUUACUAACUGCAGAAAUGUCGGAGACUGUCAAGCCACUAACUUCAUUUUUCAUCGAGGACAUCUUGUCCAUUAAAGAAAAGACACGGCUAAACGUAAGGUGCUCUUCUUCACACAAGUCCAAGGAGGGAUACGCUCAAUGGAAUAACCAACAGCACGAUCAGGUAUCACAGUCAGCGGAACUUUGCGCAAAGCAUACCGCAUUUGGAGCGCGGAAAGAUUCCAUUGCCAGCUCUAGUUCCAGUAUCCCAGAUGCUAUGAAAAGUUUUACAUCAGCGGGCAAACAGAAACGCUCGCGCGCUGCCUUUUCGCAUCUGCAAGUGCUAGAACUGGAGACUAAAUUUAACCACCAGAAGUACCUGUCCGCUCCUGAAAGAGCCAAUCUUGCUAACACGUUGAGAUUGACGGAGACGCAAAUUAAAAUCUGGUUUCAGAACAGAAGAUACAAAACCAAACGCAAGCAGCAAGCUACGGAGUACUGUAAGAAUUUAUUUCAAAAGUCAGAAGGACUAAAUACAGAGGACGAUUUAGUCAGAGCAUCACUUCUCACCACGUUGUACAAAACAUAUCAAUUCCGACCAUAUGUGUAUGACUUUAAUCGCACAUGGACACCAACACUGUGGUGAACAUUAAAUCUACUGGAUAAUAUUAAUGUCAAUAUGGUCACUAUUCCUUAUGAGGGAGCAUGUUAAGCUAAUUAUGUAACAUAGGUAUUUGAUCUACUUUUCUAUGGCUAUACACUGUAACCUACCUAUGUCAUAAACUGUCAGCUGUCAUUUUCUUAUUUGUAGCCUAUACCUCUAUAAGUAUGUUAUCACGGCAAAAAUAAUUAUUUAUUAGUUUUUUUCCUGAAAAUGUAUGUUGCAAGAAAAUAAAGAGUGACUGAUUUGAAGUUGAGACUAAGUAAUUCAAAUGAUAUUGCAGUGUCAAGGUCUAUGAAAAGUUUUGCCAGCUGUAGUAAUAGAAAUCGUGCUAAAUUUGUCAGUACCCAUGCAGCUCACCAUUUCAUUUAGAGAGUAACCUAGUUAUGGUUAUUAAAAAUGAAACAGUGUUUACUCAAGUUGACUCUUUCCAUGUUGCUGAGUUACAGCUAAGCAAGCAUAAAUGGCACUAUUCUGAGCUCUGAGAUGAUUCAGAUAAAGAACACUAUGUACUGGGCCAUGGCUAGUUGUGGAAAUAAGGUAUGACUCAACAGUUA